AUGGCGGAGUGGAUGAGCCUGCGCUGGAUUGGUGGCGGUUUUCAGGUACCACGGCCUUCUAUUGAGGGCGACCUUGAGGAUGGGUGCAGAUAUGUCAUUGAUUAUGCAGCUGCAUGGCACAAGCAGGCCGCUUCGCAGCGGGAGGAGAUUCGCAGGGCCUGCAAGAGACGUUUGCGUGCUGCUCCUGUCCGACAGUGGAUGAGGAAGCCUGGUGGGUGGAGCUUGACUUGCAUCACGCGGGAAGGAAUUGGAGUGAACGUGACGCUGCUACUGCCGCAAAGUUUGGCUGUUUGUAGCAAUCCUUUGGCAGAGUUCUUCCGCCUCCCUUGA